GCGAGGAAAAAUCCGGAGGCUGACAUUUUCUCCAGGGUGUCCGCCGCAGGGAACCCAGCGCUGAGAGCCCCGGGCUUUGAACAGACACACCACUGAGGCUUGUUUUGCAGACAAAAAUCAGCAGACUGAUCCAAUUGCAACAACUCUAAAGGACCGAGGAGAGCUCCCCGCUUGAAUCCCAUCUGACAGCAAGAAGGGCUCUGGCCAGCCUGAAGUGAAGGGUCACUGAGCUCAGUCACUCUCCUUCCAUUAACUCACAAUUAUACACACAUAGGGUGAAAGUCGCACACAGACACAUCUGCACGACGACACAUACACCUUCACAUACUAUAUAUAUAUACACACACACACACACACACACACACACACAUACACACACACACAGACUCUUGGGUACACACACAAAGACUCAUCUGUGCAUAAACUCAGACACACACGCAGGCCCUCUGAGCAGGAUGAGGGAACCCUGGAGGUGCCUGCUGGGCCUGUGCCUCCUGGCAUGCUCAGCCUCCACCCACAGUGCCGCCAAUCCCUUCGCAGGGCAGCAGACCCCUCCAGACCCUUGCUAUGACGACACAGGCGCAGCCCGCCGCUGUAUCCCCGAGUUUAUUAACGCUGCCUUCGGCAAGGAGGUGAUGGUGUCCAGCGUCUGUGGCCGGCCUCCGUCCCGUUCCUGCAGCGUGGUGGAGCGGGGCGAUGAUCGGCCUUCUGUGCGCUCAUGCCAAAUCUGUGAUGCAUCCGACCCUCGCCGUGCCCACCCUGCUUCCUACCUCACUGACCUCAACUCAGCCCACAACCUCACCUGCUGGCAGUCAGAGAAUCUGAACACUUCACCACACAACGUGACUCUCACCCUUUCACUAGGUAAAAAGUUUGAGAUCACCUAUGUCAGCCUGCAGUUCUGUUCCCCCCGCCCCGAGUCCCUGGCCAUAUACAAGAGCAUGGACUACGGCAAGACCUGGAUGCCCUACCAGUUCUACUCCUCACAGUGCCGGCGUAUUUACAAUCGGCCCAACAAAGCAACCAUUACCAAGCAGAACGAACAGGAGGCGCUAUGCACAGAUGGCCACACUGACCUCUACCCGCUGUCUGGAGGACUCAUUGCUUUCAGCACUCUGGAUGGACGGCCCUCCGGCAAAGACUUUGACAACAGCCCUGUCCUUCAGGACUGGGUGACUGUCACCGACAUCCGCGUGGUCUUCAGCCGGCCCCAGCUACCCCGAGAGCUGGGGGCUGGAAGCAACAGCGGGGGGAGGGACGACGACCCCAUGGCGGUGACAUCGACGCUGCCAACUUAUUUCUAUGCAGUGGGAGACUUUCAGGUGGGCGGGAGGUGUAAAUGCAACGGACAUGGCUCACGCUGUCUAAAAGACAAGGAAGGCAAACUGGUGUGUGACUGCAAGCACAACACAGAGGGACCUGAAUGUGACCGCUGCAAGCCCUUUCACUAUGACCGACCGUGGCAGAGGGCCAAUGCCCGCGAGGCCAAUGAGUGUCUGCCGUGCAACUGCAACCUCCACGCCCGCCGCUGUCGAUUCAACAUGGAGUUAUAUAAGCUGUCGGGGAGGAAGAGCGGAGGAGUCUGCAUGAACUGCCGCCACAACACCGCAGGCCGCCACUGCCACUACUGCAAGGAGGGCUUUUACAGAGACAUGGCCAGACCCAUCACUCACCGACGAGCCUGCAAAGCCUGUGACUGCCACCCUGUGGGCGCAGCAGGCAAGACGUGCAACCAGACCACAGGCCAGUGCCCCUGCAAGGACGGCGUCACCGGCAUCACCUGCAACCGCUGCGCCAAGGGCUACCAGCAGAGUCGCUCACCCGUGGCCCCCUGCAUCAAAAUCCCAGUGGUCAACCCCACAGCUGUGGUGAGCAGCACAGAGGAACCAGCAGAUUGCGAGUCCUAUUGUAAACCAGUGAAGGGCAACCUGAAGAUCAACAUGAAGAAAUAUUGCAAAAAGGAUUAUGCGGUGCAAGUGAACGUGCUGGACAUGGAGACGGUGGGGGACUGGGCCAAGUUCUCAGUUAAUUUGGUGUCUGUGUACAAGAGCCGCGGCGAGCCCCUGAAGCGAGGCGACAACAUCCUGUGGGUACACAUGAAGGACCUGGCCUGCAAAUGUCCCAAGAUCCAGAUGAGCAAACGAUUCUUGGUGAUGGGGGGCAGCGACGGCGGGACGGGCACUGGGACGGGUCCAGGGGUCGGGCCCGGGGGCGGAGCCACCAGUCCUGGGGCAGAGCGCGUGGGCUUAAUGGCUGAUAAGAACAGCCUGGUGAUCCAGUGGAGGGACGUUUGGACGAGACGCCUAAGGAAGUUCCAGCGCAAAGAGAAGAAGGGGAAGUGCAGCAAAGCAUGAUGGGAAAACGACGUUCAUCCUUCCCUCUCCCUCCCUUCAUGAACCCUUACCCAGUGAUCUCCCUCUCCUCCUUCCCCCCCCCUGUCUUCCCCCAUCACGGGAACACUGCACAUUAGAAAGACUGCAUGUACCCUGCCUAUUUUUAAGGACCACGUUUUGUGUAUAUUGUAUAAUGAGUUUCCUUUUUAUUUCUCGAGGUUUGUCUUUAUGUCAGUUGUCUUUUUUGUCCAAUUGGUUUGCCUUAAAAAGGGACCGUUAAAAAGGGUAUGAAGUGUAGACAAAAGCAGAAGCCAUUCCCUCCCUUGACGACGACAGCAGCGUAAAUGUCCACUCGUCCCCCAACUACGACCCCCUGACCCUCAACCUGCUCUUCCUGUCAAGACUGACUGCCUCCUGCCACUUUGUUUGACAUAUACCACACUUCUCUGAGGAUUUUAUUCGACAGCGUUUGUCACUGACUUAUUUCAGCAACACGACAAGCUGCACAACCUCAGCUUGGCCUCCUCACGUUUCAUUGUUGAAACAACUCGGAUCAGCUCGAGCUGGACCACGUGACUCAACAUUUGCUUUUAAAAUGUUCAUUAAAAAAAAUGGGCCUACUUGCUUUAGGUCUCUGUAGUAACUUCUACAGACUGUAACUAUGAAACUCUUGUCACAUGAGGAACCAAGGGCUCCCUUUGCAGGGAUGUUUUCCACAGCAAACCUCAGUCUCACCACCACUGCUGCUGCCACCAGACAGCCGUCACAGGAUAAACUGCUUGUGUAGGCUCUUAUAUCCACUGCUCAUAGUAGAGUUUAUAUUCUUCGUGUGGCUACGUUUUAUCGCAUCCAUCCAUAUGCCUGCCGUUUCCUUAUUUGAGAUAUAUCCUUUUGUUUCAUUUUAAGCAGAACAAACCCUGUUAGCAUGUGUGAGUCACAUUCCAGGCCUCCGGGGCUGUGCCUCUUCACCACUAGUCCCUCUCAUGAGUGGUUUAUGAAGUCAUGCAUCACCAUCAUGACUCAUUGCUUGUCACUUUUUUUUUGCUGGAAUUUUUUUAGAACAAUAUCAAUAUUUCCAAGGAGACUUUUCUUCGCUUUAUGGAUACUGUCCUUCCAGACGUCGCUGUGUGGCCAUGUCAUGUCAUUUCUUUGUAUUUAAAUGUCUGAACAUUUUCCUGAUGCGUCCAAUGACUGGCAGGCUUUUGUUUGCCGUAUUAAGAGAUUGAAACGAGAGUUCCUUUUCAUGCAGUAAAAAGAAAACAAGUCGGAUAAACAACAUAGUCGUGUUUUUCUCCAGUGUAUUUUGACAAAAUGAAUGAGCCUGGAAAGUUUUUAGCGCUCACUGAUUGUAUUAUGACAUGAGAGGAUCAUAUUUCAUUCCUCAUGUGCUUUGUUAUGUUUGCAUGUUUGUGGUUUUUGCUGGUCCAUCAAAACCUUACAGUGAGCAAGAACUAAACUUAAAAUGAGCAUCGUGAUCCAAAGGAAAACUCCCAAGUCAUCUUCCCCUACUUGCCUACCCUCACACAGUCAGGUCACUGUCAUCCUUUGCCAAAUAACCAUAGUCAGUUUUUAAAUUCAAUUAAGAGACUAUGAAAGUCAGGACCAACGAAAAACCACAGAGAGACCCGUCUGGUUGCUCUCAAGCUUUUUAUCUGCCGUUUGCUGUUAUUUCAUUUUGUAAAGCACAUUACAAUUUAUUUAAAUAGAGUACAAGAUAAACACAGUUAUGAGGGGAACAUCAAGCUAGCGUAGCAGCGAGUGUGCCGACAGGCAUGUCAUGCUAGCGAGUGGUUACGCUCCUCUGGCUGCGGUGGUAUGUUUGGUUUGUCAUCCUUCCAAAAGUGUCUCUCCUCCGCUCUCUUCUCUGUGUCAGCCACCACCCUCCCCAAACUCCCUUUUUUUUUUUUUUUUAAACCCAUUUUGCAUGUUGUUGUGUAUUCAGUGUCUUAGAUAGGUGACAGCACAGAACGAGGCUGCCAAAACCCCUCAGUGGUGUACUGUACUGCACUGCAGCUCUUGUUUUCACGUCUUCCGAGAAUGUAUGUCAAACUGUGAAGAACACACUCACGCAGGUGUAUUGGUCUGAUUGUAAGUGUUUAUGAAAUAUGUCGAAUAUGUCACCAAGCUUAAGAAUGUGGACGCCAUGACAAUUGAUGCGACUGAUGAACAGGAUGUUGUUCAAAUUAUUGUGGAUCUUUCAUGCUUAUCUGUCUGUCUUCCAAUGAUAUUUUGAAUAAUACAAAAACAAACCUGUAACCAAAAUGAGUUAUUAUCACCUAACGUGAUUUCUAGUGUGUGACAAAAAGAGCAAAGAAGGACAAAAAAAAAAGAAGUUUUGACAGCACUAUGCCCAUGCAGGGCACAAUUCCCACCAUUGGAAUUUCACAAAAAUGCAGAACCAAACAGUCAAUUAUUUGUGUGUUGGCUGUCCGCAGUGGCCCUUCAGACAGGUGGUGUUACAGUAGCACCAGUCUCCUCGCAGCGGUAUGCGAGUACGCCGUGACACAUUAUGAUUGAUGGUCAAAUUACGUGCCCGGGAGGCCUCUCUGGCGCUCAACUCCUUAAGCACCCAACACACUUGCGGAGGAACUGCGCGGUGUCCUUGAAUCUGGACUCCCGCACAAAAUCCCUCCUUCCUUUCUUUUGGCUCUCUGUUUUCCUUUUCUUAAGUGCCCACCCUGAAUGUUGGAAUAAAGAUAAGAAGUGAGCCAGAUGUUGUUUGGGGGGUGGAAGUGUAGUCUUGUGAAAGCUAUUUAGUGAGCCUCAUAGGGAGAGCCGUCCUGUUGUUUUACGUUAACAAGCCGAGCAGCUUGGCAGUGGAACUGAGGCCAUAACUGCUUUGCUUUGUUUCCUCCCCUCCCUUUGCAGCAUUUAUAGCAUUCACAGGUGUGUGUGAGUGUGUGUAUGUUUGUCUAAUUAACCUUACCCAAGUAAACAAGUGACAUGCACAUGAACUGAAGGUGCAGAGAGGGGAGAGAGCUCUCAUUUAAAGGCAGACCUUUUAGGGGUUUUUGCCACUGUUUUAUUGUUUGCAUCGACGAGUCUGAACACCCUAUGAUGAAGAAUUCUCAUUUACAUUCCCCCCCAGCCUGAUUCCCAUUUCAUUCUGGUUCACUCAUUCCAUCUCACCUUGUUUAAUAAGUCUUGACACAUUUUUAAUGUUGUAAAUAUGUACUGAACUGCCUCUGCCAUUCAUGUUGUCUUUUGUAACAGCAUCACUUGGCCUGGGAUGACUCAUGUGUAUGGAUGUACAAACCAGAUGAUGUUAUAUGGAUGUGGAAACCAGAAACAUAUGCUUUUGUGAUCGCGACCAGAAGAUGUGGUUCAGAUAUUACACAGAAUGUAUUCCUUUUUUGGUUUUAUGUUGUUUCCAGACAACAACCGCCCAAUUGUAAAUGACUUUGAGGAGAAUUAAAUACAAAUGUGAGACGAGCUGAUCGGACCCUCUGCUUUUAACAUAGAGGCAAUGACGGCAAAUGACACAACAACCCACUACUUUCUGUUGCAUUAAUGUCCUGGGAAUAUUAGUCCACUCACAUAGAAAUUGUCCACCUAUCUUUUUCGGGGGAACAAAGGGUUUCUUCCCUCCGUUCAGUCCUGCUCUGUAUUUCUGUUAUAUCAAAGUCUUCCUUGUACAUUUUUCCUCUGAGGCAAUGAACCACUGACUUUUUAAUCUAAAUGAUAAAAAAAUAAAUUAUUAGUUAAUGA